UAAAGGUAACACAGGCCCAUGUUUAAGUAUUGUUUUAAUUCACCCCUUUUCCUGACUAACGUGUCCUUUGAUAGGUCGAGGAGUGUUCAGUUGUCACCACUUCCAAAAAGGGGACUUCCUUGUUGAAUACAGAGGAGAAGUCCUUAAUAAACAAGAAUAUGAAAGAAGGCACAGAGUUUAUCAUCGUGCACUUGAAGUAUUUUUCUUUGAAUUGCGCUAUAAUAUGGUAAGUAUAUUACAGUACCUCAUUUACAAUGUCUUGGAAAAUGUACAAAGCUGCAGGUCAACCAGAGAUACAAAGUCAGCUUUUUCUGACUCUAUUCCAGUAGCAGUAAUGAUGAACUAGGAUGAAGACUGGCCGGAAACAUGAUGUAAUUAUUCAGUGAAACCUGCGAUGACUUAUGAGAUUCAGUCAGUGUUAUUACAGCAUGCAGUUAGUGUUGUGUUCUUGCUGUUUCAGGAUUGAUGCUGCCAGAGAUGAUGCUUCUUUGGGCAGACUUGUGAAUGAUGACCACAAGAACCCCAACAGUAAAAUGAGAACGAUCACUGUGGACCGGAAGCCCCAUCUCUGCUCAUUCGCAGUAAAGGACAUCAGUCCCGGGGAGGAGAUAACGGAUAACUAUGGGGAUUGGCCAUGGAGAAGCAAGAUCUGUACACCUGAUCCUCAGCUGACACUUUAUGACACUCAACAGGUGAUAUCUGAGACAGAACGACAGUCCAGUGGUUUGGUCAGCUGUGAAGCAGACGAUGGAUCAGAGGAGUUUGCUCCUGCUGUUGGCAUAAAACUUGCUAUGAUAAACAUGUGAAGCCCAAACCUGACCCCUGAACACCGGUAAGUGUAUUUUAUCAAAUUCUCUCUAAAUGAAUUGAUUGACCCAAAAAUGAAGAUUUACUGAUUAUUUUCUCACCCAUCAAAGAUGUAUAUGGCUUUUUUUGAAGAAGGGCAUGUGCAUAUUUGAUGGCCAGGGAUUGAGUAAAUAAACAUUUUUCCCUUUUGAGUUAACUUUCCCUUCCUGAAGUUUUUCUUUUUAGAUUUUUUUUUUUUCCCCCCAGAAUUCUGAGGAACAGUUUUCCAGUGAGGACAUGUCAGAUCAGGACUAUAUACCCGAUUCUUUAGACAGUUCUGAAGAGAGCGCAGUUUAUUCAGAACUUGAGCAUCCUAAACCAAUCUCAAACAAACAAAAUGUGUCCUGCAUUGAAUCAACUGCAGAAAUUCAAAAUGGCAGACAACAUCAAGAGAACCUCACAGGUAAACACUCUCUGCUGAAAGAUCCAGUUCAAGUAUCAGAUGUCCACAGUGAAAAAAGGACUGGUAAUACUGAAGAAAAGUCUUUAGAGGAUAGCACAAGAAUUGGGGAAAAUCCAUGUGUACAGUCAUCUAAUGUGUCCUCUUCAGUAAACAAAAAGAAUUACUGCUACAUUUGUGGCAAACCACAGUCAAAAUUUACACGUCACUUAAAAAUCCAUGAAAAAACAAACGUGGAUGUUGCUCGGGUCUUGGCACUGCCAAAAUGCUCAAAAGAACGCAAAACAAUGCUGGACAAACUGAGGAACAAAGGGAACUAUGAACACAGUUCAGGUGUUUUAGCGAGUGGGACAGGGUUGUUAAAACUCAGACACAAACCAAAGGAAAAAUAUAAAUCAGAAGAUUAUGUGCCUUGUAUGUAUUGCCCUGCCAUGUUUCUUUGGAGAGAUCUGUGGCGACACGUUCGAAAUUGCCUUUCCAAACCAGUGGAGGAUCGGGCAGAGCCAGGAAGAACUAGGGUCUUGUCUUUGGCAACAAUGUCUAACGCAGCCCCGUGUCAACAGAUAUCACUGGGUGUUUGGAAGCUGUUGACUGUUAUGAAAGAUGAUGACAUCUCUGCUGCUGUCCGGAGUGACUUCUGCACUCUUCAGCUGGCCCAGUCAUUUUUCAAUAAACAUGGACAGGAUCCCACUAAAUAUGACUAUAUUCGACAGAAGCUCCGGGAAGUUGGUAGACUUCUCCUGAUCCUGCGAAGAGAGUUUUCAAUACAGGAUGCUGUAAGACCUGCCAAUUUUAAGGUGCUUAUCCAAGCUGUCAAGAAGGUGUCUGGGUUUAAUGAUGAAAUCACUCCUACCAGACUCCAGGCCUUGCUCUCAAGUUGGGUCACUCAUUGCAAAAGAUCUGUAACAUUAUACACUGCAGAGCUUUAAUGGCAGAAGACACUGAGGGGAUAAGGUCAACCCAGACAUUCAGAAAGCUGUACAGCACGAAGUGGGCUGAACUUAUUUCCCACACAGCUUUGGCUACCUUGAGUGAGGCACACUUUAACAAACCAUCCACCAUCCCCUUCACAGAGGAUGUUCAGUGUCUUCAGCAGCAUCUUGAAAAGGUGGCAGAUUUAGCAUCUGAGAACUUGAAAAAGACCCCAUCAGCACAAGCCUAUGGGGAACUUUGCAGAGCAGCUCUAGCUAAAGUAAUACUGUUCAACCCAAGACGUGGAGGAAAAAAACGUCCUUGAAAGGGACACAGCUCCCCUCCAUGCGGAUGUUGCUGCUGGCCUAACAAAGUUUGAACAAAAACUUUGUGCACGUUUUAGUCGGGUGGAAAUUAGGGGUAAACGGGCGCCAAAAGUUGCAGUGUUGCUAUCGCCAUAUAUGGUCGAUGCCUUAACACACCUCAUAAGGUGAAGGAAAGAGUGUGGAGUCCCAGAAGAAAACUCAUUCCUCUUUGGGAGACCAAAUUGUUUGAGUGCUGUUCUUUUGAACUUUCUAUUCAUCAAAUAAUUCUGAAAAGAAUUUUACACAAUUCUUCAUCAUCAAAUCAUCAUAUCAGAAUGAUUUCUGAAGGAUCAUGUGACACUGAAGACUGGAGUAAUGAUGCUGAAAAUUCAGCUUUGAUCACAGAAAUAAAUUACACUUUACUAUAUAUUCACAUAGAAAACAGAUGAUUUACAUUGUAAAUAUUUCACAAUUUUACUGUUUUUACUGUAUUUUGGAUCAAAUAAAUGAAGUCUUGGUGAGCAGAAGAGACUUCUUUUAAUAAUAAUAAAUCUUACUGUUCUAAUAAUUUUGGCCACACUGUAUCUGGGAAAAGAAAUGAUCACUACAACUUCUGAAAGUGACCAGAAGUGUUUUAGCAUUACUUAAAAAGUAAUGUCACAAAUCUGACAAUGUCAUUUUAACAUCAAUGUAAACAAAAAUGAAAACAUUUUAUGCCAGUAUUUAAAUGCCAAAAACUCUUUGCUCGAAAAUAUAUAGUUAUAUCAACCUAAAUCUGAACAUCAGGAACAUCCAGGAAAACAACAACACCUGAAACUAGGGCUGGACGAUUAGUUAUUUUUGUUAUUUUAUCUUUGUUAUUAAAAAACUACAAACAAUAGGACAAAUUAUUACUUGAAAUAGCAUUGAAGUAAGAAACAAUACAGACACUGAAUGAUCAAAUGGUUUUCGAGGUCUCGACGAGGAACCGCUUCUCCCCUCUUCGCGAGGCGGAACGCGACACCGUAGUCAUCGGUGACUCUAUCGUUCGUCACGUCCACGCUACCUCAGCUAAAGGUAAGGUGCGCAGUCACUGUUUUCCUGGUGCUCGUGUCCUCGAUGUCUCUGCGCAGGUUCCCGCGAUCCUGAAUGGCGCUGAGAGCAUCGGCGCUGUUGUUCUGCACGCGGGGGUGAACGACACCAGGCUGCGGCAGACGGAGGUGCUGAAGCAGGACUUCAGGAGCCUGAUCGAGACGGUACGAGCCACAUUGCCCGCGACGAGGAUCAUCGUGUCCGGACCGCUUCCGACGUACCGACGUGGACAUGAAAGGUUCAGUAGAUUAUUUGCUUUAAAUGAAUGGUUAAUGUCUUGGUGUACUGAACAGAAGCUGCUCUUUAUAAAUAAUUGGAAUCUUUUCUGGGAGCAACCUAGGCUCUUCCGUGCUGAUGGCCUGCACCCCAGCAGAAUCAGAGCUGAUCUUCUGUCGGAGAACAUCUCCAUGAUGCUUUGCACCGUAUGACUAGUAAGUCAAACCUCAAAU